AUGAUUGAAAGAUCAUCUAAGCAUUCAUGUAAAUAUUUAAAACAAAUACUUUUUCCUGACAGCACGAUACCAAGCGAUGAUGAAGUUGCACUCUUGGAAUUGGAAAAAGCAAUGUUGGAAUCCAAUGUUUCAACACAAGAGCUAGUUCCCAGACAGCAUUUAUCAAGAAGACAACAGAAAAAAAAUAAAAAGGCAGAUAUUUAA